AUGUCUAGUCGUAAAGCUAUUUUAGAUAACGCGAUGUCAAAAGGUGCCACAAAGAAAAUUGUUCAGAAAGGCGAUUGGAAAGAAAACGUGGCAAAAUUAAAAGUUCUACAGAAAAAAUGGAAAGUUUUAAGAGACGGGUUCAAUCGCUACGUAAGCAAUGCAAAAAAAAUAAAAAGUGACUCAGGACCAAAUAAAAAACGCCAAUAUGUAUACUAUCAACAGCUAUCAUUCUUAUUAGCAUUGUCAACUGAUAAAGCAGAUGCUAUAAAUAGUAUAGAAGAAGAAAUUGAGACUGAUGACGUACUAACAGCCAGUUUGGAAGAUUCGACAUUUCAACGAGGCCAAAAGCGAAGCAGUACAACGAAAGAAGAUAAUUUAAUGGACCAAUUGACAGUCAAUUCAAACAGAAAAUACACGGAAAAUCUGCCAACGAAAGAAGCAGAUGAUGAUAAAUUAUUUCUCUUAUCAUUACAUGGUGAUUUUAAGAACAUUUCAGAUGAUUAUAAAUUAGAUGCCAAGAUAGAAAUGCUAACAGUUUUAAAAAAAUACAAAGAAUUAUCGUCUGAGAAGAAUUUACACUCCAACUAG